CCCGCUGUGCAGGCCUCAGCAAGACGGCUCUGCCCUUGCCGAGAUGUUACCUGCCCUCCGCCAGAAGGGCCUGAGGGACCCAGGCUGCGCCCGGAGCAGCAGACCUCCUCCAGGGCUUCUUCGGGCGGAGCAGGAAGUAGGGUGCACCUCAGCACCAGCGAGUUCCCGGGGAAAACCUCGGCAGCGGAUCCCUGCACCAAGCACUGGACGAGGUGACACCUCCGCCGCGAACAACGCCGCAGAUGAGAAAGACCGGCACGACGCAACGCCCAGGAGAGUAAGAGGCGUGCUAACUACGCCUACUCCUGAAAAGUUUGACAAGCUGAGCCUCGAGCUCCUCCAUGUGCGUGUAGAGGCUCAACUCAUCCUGAAAGGGCUCGUACUGCUGACGGUGGGCAAAGCCCUGGAAGAGCCGGAGCAGAGCUCACUGGAUGCUCGGCCAGGUCUGCGAUCGGCAGAAGAGGCGCCAGACUCUGACAGCCCAGCGGCAGAGGGUCAACCAGGACAGAAGCAAAGCACAACAUUCAGACGCCGCCUAAUUUCCAAAUUACGGGGUGAAUUGGAAAACCGAAGCAGAAACGUGGAUAUGUGUGAUACGCGGGAGAACCCCUCCUCCCCGAGGCGGGGGAGCCGAGAGCCACGGCUGAGAUCAGACUGUUGGGGAGCAUCAGGUUCCCCGGAGAACUUGGAAAGCUUGAUCUUAUGCGUGAAUCUGUCCUUCCUAGGUGCAUCAGAGCGCCUUUGGAGAAAAAGAAGAGCGUCCAACUCCAAGAUACGGGAGAGGAUUUGGAGCGCCUCUGCCCGGUGAUGAGGACAGGGGGACCUCGGUUAGACCAGGAGCGAGCCCAGCCCUUAAUGGACCCGUGCUUUGCCAGAAUGCGUUCCCUGAUGUUAAGUGAGGAAUUGCCAGCAAGGAUUCAUUUCCUGCUGCAGGAAACCGUCGAGCUGCGAGAACAGCCCCGGGUUCCUCGCAAGGCUUUUCUUGACAACGGACCAAAGACCGAUCAGCCGAAUCCGUCCAGAUGCAGUAAAAGAUCCGGGGGUGUGUAUUCCUGCUCCUAUAGCUCAAGGGAUGAGAAAUGACUUCUUUCCGGAGGGACCGUUCAUGCCACCCAGGAUGAAAAUGGAGAGGGACCCACUUGGAGGCCUGGCUGAUAUGUUCGGACAAGUGCCAGGUAGUGGAAUUGGUACUGGUCCAGGAGUUAUCCAGGAUAGAUUUUCACCCUCGAUGGGGCGUCAUCAUUCAAAUCCACCUUUCAAUGGCCGUGGGGGACACAUCAUGCCUCCCACACAAUCGCAGUUUGGGGGGAUGGGAGGCAAGUGGACGAAGAGCCAGAUUCGCCUGAGGCCUGCUCAGUCUUUCCUAGUGAACACAAAUCAAGUGCCAAGGCUUCAGCCCCACACACCUCUGACUCCUCCUAGUGCACGACCCCCGCGCCCUCAAACACCACCUCUGGGACAGACACCUCAGCUUGGUCCCAAAACUCACCCACCACUAAUCCAGGAAAAGCCUGCCCAAACCAGUAAAAAGCCACCACCAUCAAAGGAAGAACUGCUGAGACUGACUGCAACUGAGUCUCUGGAUGGUGGAUAUGCAAACGAAGCUGUCAGUGGUAUAAGAGAGAUGAGAGCCUCAGACGCUUUCUCCCUGAGAUGUUAAGCGAAGCAUCAUCCUGUCCUUAGGCAGAAGUGAGGAAGAUAAAGCAAAAGCCAGUUCUUUGACCAGUUGACUCAGACAGGAAGGGAGAGCCACAAGCGACAACUUCAUGCA